AAAUAGACAUCUCACUUUGGAACACAGAAUUACACAUCAGCAGACUGUGAGGUAUGGCCUCAGUCUAGGAUGGGACAAUAUCGAUUAUUCUGAAGGAUUCAUUGAUUUGUUCUUUCAAAGUACGACGUUUCUCAGUGUUGGCUAUCACCUCACUGGUCAGCUGUUCACAUGCGUAGAUUGCGUCGAACAUUCGCGCAAGCGCCGGCGCUACGACCAUCUGCAACAAGAGUACCAAUGGGUAGCGUCAGAAAUCUGGGGGUUGGGAACAACCAGAGUUCCUCUGAGAACCAGCCAGGAGUCAACGAUUUAACCAUCAACACCGAUGCGCAUCAAGAAACAAUCGGUUUCUCAACAGUUUCCGGAUCACUGAAUUCUGAUGCUGCCUCCAGUGCAAUAUCCGAUGAGGCUAUAGAGGACACUCCUAACACCGUUGGUCAGUUUGAAUAUGGCAGCCUCGAUGACGCUAAGUACGGGCGCAUUUUACGAGCUAUCAGAGAAGUUAUCUCGUGUUGUGCAUGCUAUUCCAGUUACACAAUCAUGAAAGAAUGUACCAAUGGACAUUUGAUUUGUCAAAACUGUUUUCUUACACUCAGACAAGAUGAAAGGCCACAGUGUCCAACUUGCCGUGCCAACCUAUAUUCCGAUAGCCGUAGGGCCUUGAUAGCACAAAAGGUAUUAUCAGAGCUUCCAGAUAUGUGUGUUGAUUGUAACACCCAAAUGUUGCACAAAUCCUUGCCAAGUCAUCGUCUGAACUCCUGCCCGAAGCGUAGAGUCGCUUGUGGUUUAUCUUCCCUGGGCUGCGAAUGGAUUGGAUUCGCAGACCAAUAUGACAUCCAUUUUCAUCAGUGCCUACUAAGAAAACAGCUGUCAGAACAUCCAAUUGGAAAUAAUCUAGACUGGCUGAUUAAUAAAUUCAAGAAACGCGAACAAACCAUGCGCGAAACUUUCCACUGUUUCUCAAACGUUCUGCGCCACCUAGAAUCACAUGAAUUACAGUCCGUCACCAUCACUUUGGCCAAUGUGUCUAAUAACGAGAAUGUAUUACAAUACCGAAGCGAUCAUUUUCACGUAAACCAAUCAAGAUGGACUGCCGAAAUAACAAUGAGAUUUCCAGUGGCACACGUACCUACAGAAACUGUUGCAGCCCCAGGGGAUGUAACCCAGUUGACAGUGGAAGAUAUCCGAUCUACUUCUACUGAUUCUAGCGUUGGAAUUGAUCAAAUCGACACGGUUACCUUACCAUUUUCAGGUAGCUCAGGCCGCUCACAAUCGCCAGUCAUGCGCCGGCGUCGCUGGCACAACGCUUCAGCGCUUCGCCAUCACCCAUAUCAGAUCACAAUCGGCGUUUCGCAAUUGCCUCAUAAUACUCUAAUCAAUCCUCAGGUUUGUGACUUGUCAAGUGUGCAAGAUUUGAAUGCGACUCGGAAUGUUGAUCAGGUCGUGUGCAACGAUCAUUCACACCUUGGGGAAAUCACGUAUCGCAUGCUGAAAGAAAAUAGUCCUGGGAUCGGUCGCAGAUCCUACGCUUUUUCGCUUUUGCAAAUACGAGUACCUGAUACAGGAAUUCAGAUUUAUGCCAGACCUCAAAUCCAAACAUUUCGAUUCACAAGCAGGGGCGACCAGUCGUCGGUGUUCAGUGUGCAUCCUAUUCGAUGGAGAUAUAUUAGCUCCCUGAAGGAAUUGAGUAAAUAUCGUCUUAUCCAAGCAGAACUAUUAGUUGCAAGGCGGAUUGCGGAAGAACAUAUGGAGAGCUGAAAUGUUUAACCGAGGUCGAACAAUGUUUUAUUAAACAUCAAUGUGUAUAUGAAAAGCUUACACGUCACCCUGUGCUCCAAUAGAAUCUAACGUCUAUUGGCACUUCCUUGGUAAUUGUAACAUCAAUCGAUAAAUCUGGAUAAAAUUUACCGGAAUACUCUGAUACUGAGUUAUCUUUUUGCUUGAGAUAAUGAUUGGAAAAUGAAAUGAGGUCAGGCACACGGUUCUGAGAUAAUGUCCCAUCAUCAUUCGUCAAAAUCUCUGGAGCAAAUAUACUUUCAUCAGCGUUUUACGAAAUCGCCGAAUCUGUGCAUCUUGGAAAUCGAUGCGCAUGAACUAGUAUGUCAGCGAUAUUACCAAUUUGC